AUGUUGAGUGAGGAAGACGUAAAAACGGUUGAGCAAUAUCUUAUUGUAAAUAAAGAAGUACGACCAGAAGAAUUGAAGAAGAUAUUCCCAAGUUUGUAUUCGACAUUGAUCAAUGCUGACUCGGUGGAUAGUGCACGGAUACUAUGUAGCGAUACAUUAUGUAUUUGGAUGUUGAGAAGCAUCAAAAUGAUGAGAAUGCAGCAUGCGGAACAAUUGUGUGAAGUGCUAACCGAAGAUACUAGUAGCAGGAUAUUUGAGUAUAUCAUGGAUUUUUUGGAAAGUGGUACAGGCCCACUUGUAAACUCUUUGGUGUCAUUAUUGCAUAGGUUGAUAGGAUUCUGUAAGGUAUUAAUGCCAUUACAUGUGGACUUAUUUCAUCGAUGGGUAGAUCAGGCGAUGAAGUUGCCGUGUACAUCUAGGAACCUUUACUUCUUAGUCGACAUAUUGUCCAAGGAAAUAAACAAGCAGUACAUAUUGACAGAACACGAAAGAUUUACCGAGAGAUGCAUAGGGAUCAUGUGGUCGAAUCCAUUGGCCAAUGCAGCUAGCAAGGCAUUUGUAUCGAUUUACCAGAGAUUAUAUGAAAAGGGUCACGACGAAGAGUGGAUGGACAAAUGGCAAGGGUUAGUGAUGAACGGACUAAAUGAGAAGGAUUUAAGCCGGAAUAUUCAGGUAUAUUUAUUACCGUUAUUGUUCAAAAUUUCACCCAAGUCAUACGGUAUAUUUAUAGAAAGGAAUUUGUCCCUCCAUAUAAAUGACUUAUCGAACUCAGAAAUUGACAUAUACCUUGGGUUAUUGAAAGUCGGCCAGGAUUUAGCUUUGAUGCCUGAAACUCUUCAUAAACUGAACACAAUUGUACCAUUUGACUAUAUCACCCUGCUUUUGACACACGAGGAGUCCAAAUUUAGAAUCAGUUCCUUCGCAUUACUAGUUGGGUCGGCAAAGGGCUCUCAGCCGAUACAAAAGCAAGUUUACGAUGUAUUGAUCGAUAAAAAUAUUUUGCAGAUAUUUUUCAUGGAUUGUGAUAGUGUUGAGCUUAGAAACGAUUUUGCUUCAUUAUUAAGACAGUUUUUGAUUCGUAUUAGAGACUCCAUGUACUCUUUAUCACGAGAUUUAGAGAAGAUACGCAAGAAGAACUAUGAUUUGUCUAAACAGGAUGAAUUACAGGAAUUGAUCACAUACGGAUAUGACUUUUUAACUUGGUUUCUCAAUUUCUUAAAAAGAAACUUCAUACCAGGAUCAUCAUACGCUCAAUUAUCCUUAAGUAUGAAGCUGUUACAGAUACUAGUAGAUUUAAAUUUAGAUAAUGUCCCUAGGUCUCAAGCGUACGACAAAUUAUCUACAAAGACCAAAAUAAAGAUAAGCAAUAAUAAAAUGGUAUUUCCAUUUUCUAUUGAAAUAUUCGAUGGUCAAUUAUUACGGUUGAUAAUUGAUAAUAUUACUAACAAUUAUGAAGAUAUACGGGAUACUAGCGUCAAUCUCUUGUUAGGUUGUUCAGAGAACAUAUUAUCAGAAAACAUAUUAUCUGCAGAGCAGGAUAUUAUCGAUAAAGCCUUAAUUACUCUUACCGAAUUAAAGGGUAAGAAGAGUGAAGGUGGUGCAAAGGUUUUGCAAUUUUUAGCCCAAUUAUACGACCACAUUGACGACGUUGUGAGAUUGAAAGGCUUAAUAAAUACACUUAAAGAUAAAUUAGAUUUUGGUCUAAACCACGAAUUUAACAAUGAAAAACUUCCUAGAGAACAGAGAGUCCAUGGUAUAUUCACAGCCUUGAAAUUGAUUUUCCAAAACAUCGAUAAAAAGAGAUAUAGUGUUGAAACGCCAUAUUGGACAGGUCAAUUCUCGCAUAUUUUUAGUCAAGUUACAAAAAUUUGGCUACAAACCAAACCAUUAUUAUCUAAUGCAACAGACGAUAACGAAGGUAAUGAUCUGUCUGAAGACAAAUUAGUUUUGAACUAUAGCUGGAAAGCAAUUAAGGAAUCCACAGCCUUACUUAGCACUAUUUUGGAAAUAAGUAACCCCGAAAAAAAUGCCCUUAUAGAUAAGAUUACCUUUCUUUCAGGUGCAAAUUUAAUAAUGGAUCAAUUGGCAUCAGUUAAACACCGUGGUGCAUUCUCUUCAGUUUAUCCGUCUUUUGUCUCUGCUUGCGAAAUAUGUUUCAAAAGCAAUGAUCAAGAGCUUGCAAGCAAGCCAAGCUUAUGGUUGAAGCAGAACAUCAAAUUAAUCAAAUCAAAGACUCAAUAUAUUAGUAGAAGAUCAGGGGGCUUGCCAUAUCUCAUUACGGCUAUUUUGACAGCUGAAAAAUCUUACAAUAAGUCCAAAGAAUACAAAGAUCUCAUUGAUUACACUUUUGAGGAAUUAAUAAGCAUUGCUAAGGAGGAAUAUAUACAAAAUGCUGAUGAAAAAAUGGACAUUCCUCAAGUUCAUGCUUUCAACUGUAUCAAACACAUAUUUAUUGAUUCCCAACUAUCAUCACUCUGUACUCCAUACGUCAACCAAGUUUUGACAUUAUCAUUAAUAAAUUUUUAUAACCCUACAUGGGCAAUUAGAAAUUGUGCAGUAAUGUUGUUUACUGCAUUACAAAAUCGUUUAUUUGGUACAUCCAAGUUAGGUGAACUUCUACCAUGCAUAUCUUCAAGAUUAUUCUUUGCUAAAUACAAUGGCAUUGAAGAUAUUUUGUUUCAAAACUUAGUUGAUGCUUCCGCUGCAGUUGAGCAAGAUACGAAAUUUAAUGUAAUAUUUCCGAUAUUGACUAUUCUUUCUAGAUUAGAAAAUACAUCAACUUUCGAUCCCAAGUUGCAAAAGUUUGAAACCUUAUUAAUUAAAUGUCUGCAUCAUAAAUAUUGGAAAGUACGUGAAAUGGCUGCCAAAUCAUUGGCAGCAAUUCUAUUACCAGAUAGCCUUAUACCAACUAUACGUAUUUUAAUUGACAAUUGUCAUCAUUCUCACGGAGACUUUAAUUCCAUUCAUGGGAAUUUAUUGUCAAUUUUAGAAAUUAUUAAGAGAAUUGAAACAAAGUUACCAGAUUAUAGGUUAACCGAUAGAGAAGCAAGCAACAUAUUUGAACAUACAAUCGAAUUUCUUACAGAUAGCGACAUGUUUUCAUGGUCAACAGCUAAAUGCUUCGUGGAUAUUGUACGUUGCAUUUUAAUGAAUAACUUUGAAAUUUCACUUGGAAAUAAUAAUUUAAAUAUCAUCGGCAAUUUCAUAAUACGGAACUUAACGACUGAUAUAUUCGAUAACACUCUAAAUGGGGCCAGACAGUUACUUCUCUCUGCAAUGACAGAACUCGUAUUUUCUCAAUACUUGAAAAUAGGAAGAACAGAAGACAUAAUUGAUUUAAUUAGACUAUGUUUGCUCUCUAGGGAUGUUUACGAAGUUCAAUUAGUAGCAAUUCGUUUUUGUGAUUCUCAUAUAAACCACAUUAUUGAAAUGGAUAGUAAUAAUUACUAUACUGCAAUUCUUGAAGAGCUAUGGGAUUUAGUCAAGGACGAUUCAUGUUGGAGUUUUGUUAGAUCUAACGCUUUAGAGUUGAUAAGAAAGGUUACGUCUAGAGGAGAAGAAUUAGAGAGAGAAGAGUUACGUUCCAAAAUUGAAAUAUUAAUUUCAUUUACCCUGAAGGAGUACAGUGAAGACUCCAAUUCGAAAGCGUUAGAGGCAUUAGGACCUUUGAUAGGUCAAAUUUCUGGCUGCGCUAAUGAUGACGAGACAAGCAAUUUGCAAAGAUUUUUGGAUUUGGCGUAUGAGUUUGCUAGCGAUGGAAGACCUGCUAUAGCUAGGUUAUCGUCAGUGAAUGCUAUUAUUGCGUUUGUCACAACUACCAUGAAGAAAAGGGAACAUGGUCCUUGUGUUGCCAAAGGAGUCUUUAUGCUUUACUUGGCGUUAUACGAUGAUGAUGACGAUAUUCGAUAUGAAUCUGCUAAAUGCUUAUCACACUUUUUCGCUUUUGAAUUCACCAUGGUGCCAACAGCCAUAACUGCCGUCUUCGGGCCAAACUUCUUGGCGAAAUUUGGAUCCGUUAUUAGCGAACCUAUAUUUGUUGACAAUUUUGUCAACUCUAAACCACAACUCAAGUGGAAAUUAACACAGGCUGAUGCACAAACCGAAGAUUCAUUAUUCGACGUCGAGAGCAUGAAUUUAUACAGAAACGAUAUUCAAACACGUCAGACGGCUAUUCACUUGCUUAUGGCGUGUAACCUGAUGGAACCCAUAAAUAAUGAGUCUGUCGUUAAAUUAACUGAAAAAGUUAAUAAAGACAUGUACUAUAUAAUUGACUUUGUCGCCAGAAAAGGUCAUGAUGGCUAUAUUGGGUGGUGUAAGGAUGAAUUCAUAUUCACAAGCAUUUUAGAAGGUACAUUAAAUGUGAAAGCUGUUAUUAAACUUACUAAUGAUACAGAGCUUAAUGAGAGACUUGAAUUUCUUUGGAAGUUAUUUGAUAAGCACCAGGUGCAUUAUAUGGUCAAACAUACUUCGGACUUCUUUAUUUGUACAUAG